UGCGUUUGCAGUGGUGAUGUGGAGUUCGGUCGGUCAUAGCGAGGAUCUAGAGACUUUUUAAUUUAUUAUGAUAUCGUCUAUUGUGUCACGCCUAGUAAUACGCAAUACGAGGAAGAAGAUCCUCGGCAGGGAUCGCCGCCCACCACUAGACAGAUAUGGACGGAGCUAAGGACAUGGGCAGCAUGGCAUACGACGGCAGAGUGAUGUGUCGGUUUACGCACGCGGCGUUCGAACGUAUCCGCGUAGGUGGCGGCGUGUCGGAGGAGGGAGCGAGGCGGGAGCAGCGCGCGGAGGCGGAGCGCGCGCGGCGCGCGGGGCUGUCGGGGGAGCAGCAGGCGCAGCUGAGGCUCGCGCACGCCGAGGCGGAGCGCGCGCGACGCGCGGGGCUGUCGGGGGAGCAGCGCGUGGGCCAGCGCGCAUCCCGGGCGACGGCGGAGCGCGCGCGCCGCGCGGGCAUGUCGGAGGAGCAGCGCGCCGAGUACCGGGCGGCGCGCGCCACGGCGGAGCGCGUGCGCAGGGCGGGCAUGUCGGAGCAGCAGCGCGCCGAGUACCGCGCGGCGCGCGCCGCCGCCGAGCGCGUGCGCAGGGCCAACAUGAGCUACGAGCAGCAGCUGCGGCAGCGGGCGGCGCGCGCGGCCGCCGAGAGGCUGCGCCGCUCCAACAUGAGCGAGCAGGAGCGCGCGCACUACAGGGCCGUGCGGGCCGCGGCGGAGCGCCUGCGCAGGUCUCACGGCGGCAGGAAGGCGGAGCCCGACGCCCCCAUCUCUGUCCAGGAGCUGCAGUUCGGCUACGAGCAGCAGAGGCUUUCGUACCAGUCCAUCCACACUGACGGUGUAUAGUCACCCUAACUAUACACACAUUCUCUUCAAAUAUUCCACUACACUCUGAUAAUACUGUGAUUUUUUUGAUGAAUUUUUUUAAUGAUUGUUUUUUGCAGUGAUAUUUUAUCACUAAAUCUGUCAUUUGAACUGGUCUUGCAUCAUAAAAAAAUGACAUUCUUAUGUAUUUUAGUUCCUGGUUGGUACAUGUCCAAAUAUUGUAUUUAUAUUAAGUAACGUUGAGUUUCUUACUUUGCGAUGAGUUGAACUAUUACUUCUGGACUUUUUUUUUAUAAUGUCCCACUUUUUGUCUGUACAUUUUGUAUAAAGCAUUUAAUUUAUUAGAUUUUUUCCAGUAAAAAUAUGUACAUACUUUAAUUUUGUUGAUGUCUAGGAAAUUGAAAAGUUGUAUUGAAAUAUUUUAUUUUUUACAUAAGUAGAAAGCAGUUGGUGUACUGUUUUAUUAUUAAUGUGUGUUGUGUUUCUGCACUUUAUAUUAUAAAAUUUACCUACGUUGAGGCACCUCAGUGUUAAUUAUGGUUUUUUGUGUACUUGUGUGCUAGUAAUGAAGAAUGUUUUUUAUCUGAGGAGAAAUGGAAUACAAGUGUGAUGGAUGUUAGCAGUGCCUGACCACUUUCAUUACUGUGUUCAUUUAACGUUUUGGGUGUGAAAAAGAUUUUCUAUUGUGCAGUUAACAUGAGUGGUCAGUUUAAAAUAAACCUUGCACAUCUUAAAAAGCUGGCAAAAAUCUCUUAAUUGUACAGUGUAAUUGAAAUUAAUAAGUUUAUAUUAUUGUUACAGUUUUACAUAUAUUGCAUAGUGAAAGUGUUUAAAGGUUUAUUUUAUUUUAAAAUGUUUCUCAAAGUUUAAGAAAAUGUAAUUGUAUUUACUAUGAUACUCAACUGAUAUCUGUUUUACAUUUUAUUUGUCAAAGCUAGACAGAUUUUGAUACUGAAUUUAUAGAUUUUUAUUGGAUAUUUAUUUAAUCUUGCUGUGUGUGUGAGUGCAGAAUACUUUGUAUCUAGGUUUUGCUAUUGCCAUGUACUACCACACUUAAAUUUUUAUAUAAAAUCAGUACAUCACAGAGUAUCAUUCUUUCUGUCAAUUUUUUAUUUUAGUCUGUGGUCAAUAAAUUUUUUUAUAGCACUAUGUUGGAAUGAUUUAUAGAAAGUACUUUUAGAUACCAGUUUAUUUUUGUGUUUUUAUUUUAGAAAAUUAUUAAACUUAGAGGUCAUGUGACGAGGGAAAUAUGUAGGUAAAUAGUGCAUGUAACUCCAUAGCAAUGAUGAGACAAUACUGUACCUCUUCCAUUUUGAGCUCAAAGAUAUAUUACUGUAGUGAAAAAGAUACCAUGAGAAUUAUCAGGUUUUUGUCAAAUUGAAAUGUAAAUUUUUUGUAAACAAUGUAGCAAUCAUUUUCAUUUUUUGACCAUUAGCUAUAAUUUUGUGUGCCAUCUUAGUUCGUAUUUUAAGUCUGAAUUCUGUUGUAUGAUUCACAGUUACAACACUUAGUUGAAACAGGCCUCACUCAGACCCUGGCAACCAAGUAUGUAAUGGACAGAACAAAUGUCUUUUAAGUUUAUUUCUGACAUCAAGUCAUCACUCAAUAAUUAUACAUACAGCAACUGUGCAUUCAACAACAGUAUGCCAGAAGUGUGAGUAGUAUUAAGUGGUUACAAGUACAAUCAGUAACAAAGCAGCAAUUUAUCUUUUGAUAACACCAUGUGUUAUUUAAACUGGAUUUGAAACUUUUGCCUAGAUAGAACCAGACAUUUGUUGAUGGAAUUAUAUUUGUAGGUGAUAUUUCAACUGUUUAUAUUUUCUGGUAGAUCAAUUUAUUAAUUAAAAAUACUAUGAUAUAUGAAAAUUAAAAUAUAAAUUAUCUCUCAAUCAAAGCUUGAGAGUAGGAGUAGUGUCUCGGCCCAAGUGGGCCACUGGAAUAGUGCAUAUUUCUUGUCUGUAAAGCCCUUUGAAAAGAUAAAAGAAUGCUCUAUUAAUAGUGUUACAUCAACUAGGGCCAUAGAGAGAAAUUAAGGGCCCGGGGAAAAACAUUUUGUCGUGUCCCUUCACUAUUAAUACACAGCCCUUAAAACCCCUCACAAUUUUAAAAAAUCAAAAGGUUUUAAUGUUGUAUAAAUAGAACAACACUAAGUGA